GCGAGAGAGAGGCACAGGCGCAGGCGCACGACCGCAUCUCGCUCGGCCGCCGCCGCCGCUCCCCGCCUCCGCCCAGUCGCUCCCCGCUCGCGCUCGGCCACCGCCGCUGGGCUCUCGCGCGUGGCGGCCGCCGCUGGAGCUCCUUCGGUCCUUCCCGUCGCGGCCAUCGACCGUCGCGCCUCCCCUGCCGAGGCGCCGUCGAGCCGACCCGGACCAGACGGCCGCCGCCGCUCCGGUCUCCGGAGGAUCUGCUCCCGCCUCCCGACGCUCUCCGCUCCUCCGGACCUUCCCGCUCCACCGCUCCCUGCCCCGGUCGUGGCCUCGUGGAACUGAAGAUGAAGAGGAAUGGGGACAUUAAGUCUUUUUUCCGGAAUUAUGAGGCAAAAACAAGAAAGGUUGCAGCCGAAGAGCAACCUGAACCUGAUAUUGAUCCACCUCCAGUCCAUUCAGAUGCAGAGAUUGGCAUUGAUAUUGAUCCACCUCCAGUCUAUUCCGAUGCAGAGAUUGACAUUGAUAUUGAUGAUGAAGCGCCAUGGCAACCAUCACCCCAACAUCCACAUGCAAGGUCCUAUAAUAUUCAAAGGCUUCCACCUGAUCCAGGGGAAAGGAUUCCUAUUUCAGAUUAUGAUGUUAAUGAUCAAGACGAAGUUCGGAGACGGUACAUUGCAAAGAAUGCAGUCCAACCAUAUGCACACAACUUUGAAGUCAAGAAAAUGUAUGGUAAAAAUCGACACUUCAACUUUGUUUGGUUUGAGAACUACAAAUGGCUAGAAUAUAGUGUCAAAUAUGAGGCUGCAUUUUGCUUUGUGUGUUAUUUGUUCAAAGGCAAAUCGAAUGGGGGGCCUAAGGGUGAUGCAUUUGUUAAAGGUGGUUGGAAAAAUUGGUAUAAGCCUGAUGCAUUAGACAAACAUGAGGGUGGUAUUAACAGCAUUCACAACAAAGCUCAAGAGAAGUACAAUUUAUUUGUGGCACCCCAACCAUCAAUUGAUAACAUUAUGGUGAGGGUUCUCAUUUUAAAACCAUUAUGCACAUUGUUAGCAUGUAUUCCACAAUCCUUGAAGUACUUGAUGCUAUUGGAAAAGAUCCUUCACAAAAACGUGAGUGGACAAGAAUACGUGGAGUUGCUCAAGCCAUUGAAUCAUUUGACUUUGUUUUCAAUCUUCACUUGAUGCUUGUUAUUCUUGGCUAUACAAAUGAGUUGUCCAAAUCUUUGCAAAAGAGAGAUCAAGAUAUUGUUAAUGCAAUGGCACUUGUUAGUUUGGCAAAGAGUAGAAUGCAGCACUUGAGGUCUCAUGGUUGGGAAGAAUUUCUUGCAAAGCUAACCUUAUUUUGCAACAAACAUGACAUUCAAGUUCCUUUGUGGGAGGAUACUUAUGAGCAUUAUGGAAGAUCACGUCGGUAUUAUGAAGUACAAACAAAUGAUGAUCGUUAUAGAAGAGAGGUAUAUCUUGGUGUCAUUGACCAAACCAUUCAAGAGCUUGACAAUCGGUUUGAUGAGGUUAAUACGGAGUUGCUUAUUUGCAUGUCGGCUUUGAAUCCAAUCAACUCAUUUGCUUCUUAUGAUGCACUCAAGGUAAUGAGACUUGCUGAAUUCUAUCCCAUGGACAUGUCAAGCACAGAUUUGAUAAGGCUAGAAUUUCAACUUACUACUUUCAUUGAUGAUAUGAGACAAGAUGAUAGGUUUAGAAAUGCAAGUAAUAUUGGUGAGCUCUCUAUUAUGCUUGUUGCAACAAAGAAGCAUGUUCUUUAUGAUUUGGUCUACUUACUCAUCAAAUUGAUAUUGAUUUUACCGGUGGCGACGGCGAGUGUUGAAAGAGUAUUUUCAGCAAUGAAUCUAGUGAAAAGUAAGUUGAGGACUACUAUGAGUGAUGAUCGCUUGAAUGAUUGCUUGGUGACAUUUAUUGAACGAGAUGUGUUCAUGAAAGUAAGUGAGGAUGACAUAGUUGAUGCUUUCAUGGCAAUGCAAAAACGUAGAGUUACCUAGUGAUGUAAUUUUCUACUUGUGCUUCUUUUGUGUAAGACUAUUCGUAUUGUAAUUUCGCAUAUUUGAGAUAUAUUUUGUGAACUAAAUUGUUGUGAAAUUUGAAUUGAGCUAUUCAUGUUAUUAUUUUGCCAUAUUUUGUCUGACACUU